GAUGAGAACUUGAAGGAACCAAAGGUGACAAAAGAAGUGGACCUUCUCUGGUUCUUCUGACUUCUUUGAUGCUCGUUCCUUUCUGAAGGUUCCGGUGAGAUGUUCCCAUUGUGGAGUCUGAUCCGAAUUAGUGACCUGGUUGUUCCGACUGGACCUCCACGUAAAGGUGGCCCUGCAGAAGCAGAUCCAUGCAGAAACCUCUGAGCUGACCUCACGCCGGACGUACGUCACUCACUUGUCCUUGGUGCCUGGGAGUGUGACCAUGGGGGAGAAAUCUCACCCAGAAUGCCAGGCUCAAGAGCUGUUUGACGAGUUUGUGUCAGCAUCGACCUGCAGGGCAGUGCUUCGCUGCUUCACCCAGCUGUGUGAACAUCUGCAGCUGGACCCCAGCGCUCCCCAGAGGCCGCUGUACCAGCCACUCAAACAGCGGCUCAACUACUGGAGGGCCAAUGCUCUGUGGGCCAAACUGGAUCGGAGGGCUGCACAGCCUGAGUACCUGAGGGCCCGAGCCUGCAGCAACAUGACGUGUGUGGUCAUUGGGGCGGGGCCCUGUGGUCUGAGGACGGCGGUGGAGCUGUGCUUCAUGGGCGCACGGGUAGUUGUGCUGGAGAAGAGGAACUCAUUCUCCAGGAACAACGUGCUCCACCUGUGGCCCUUCACCAUCCAUGACCUCCGGGGACUCGGGGCCAAAAAGUUCUAUGGGAAGUUCAGCGCUGGAUCCAUCGACCACAUCAGUAUUCGUCAGCUGCAGCUGGUCCUGCUGAAGGUGGCGCUGAUGCUAGGAGCUGAAGUUCACGUGAACGUGGAAUUCAAGCAGCUGCUGGAUCCUCCGGAGGAGCAGCUUGGACAGAAGAGAGGCUGGAGGCUGGAAGUGAAUCCAAAGAACCACCCAGUCAGUCAGCUGGAGUUUGAUGUCAUCAUCGGGGCCGAUGGGCGGAGGAAUACGCUGCCAGGUUUCAGACGGAAAGAGUUCAGGGGGAAGCUAGCCAUUGCCAUCACAGCCAACUUCAAGAACAGAAACACGUCAGCGGAGGCCAAGGUGGAGGAGAUCAGCGGCGUGGCGUUCAUAUUCAACCAAAGGUUCUUCCAGGAGCUGCAGCAGAACACCGGGAUCGACCUGGAGAACAUCGUUUACUACAAAGAUGACACACACUACUUCGUGAUGACGGCAAAGAAGCAGAGCCUGCUGGACAAAGGGGUCAUCCUGCAGGACUUUGCAGACACGGAGCAGCUCCUCUCUCGGGAAAAUGUAGACCAUGAUGCUUUGCAGGCGUACGCUCGUGAGGCAGCAAGCUUCUCCACCAAUCACCAGCUGCCGGAUUUGGACUUCGCCAUAAACCACUACGGCCAGCCGGAUGUGGCCAUGUUUGACUUUACCUGCAUGUAUGCAUCAGAAAACGCUGCGAUGAUCCGCCAGCGCCACGGACACCAGCUGUUGGUCACUUUGGUGGGAGACAGCCUACUGGAGCCUUUCUGGCCCAUGGGCACUGGUGUGGCUCGAGGGUUCUUGGCAGCUCUGGAUUCAGCCUGGAUGAUACAAAGGUGGGCUCAAGGUGGCGCUCCUCUGGAGGUUCUGGCAGAGAGAGAGAGUUUGUACCGCCUCCUCCCACAAACCACUCCAGAGAACAUGCAGAGGAACAUCAGCAUGUUCACUGUGGAUCCAGCCAGCAGGUACCUGAACACCACCCCUUUGAUUACACCUGCACAGGUGAGACACCUGAUGGACACAGGUGAGGAGGCGGAGCCAAUCACAAACCCAUCCGACAUCACAGGGCUGCCACCCCCCACAGUGCUUCAAAAAGAGAGCUUCUCGCCGUCCAAUCAGCUGCUGACCUGGUUUCAGGAACAGACUCGCGGCUACCGUGGCGUUUCUGUCAGGGACCUCACCUCGUCCUGGAAGGACGGCCUCGCCCUGUGUGCUCUUCUCCACCGAUACCGUCCCGACCUGGUAGACUUCCAGUCGUUGGUCCGUUCGCGGGGGGAGGAGAACCUCCGCCUCGCCUUCCAUGUGGCCGAGGAGGAGUUCGGAAUUCCUCCCCUCCUGACGGUGGAAGAAAUGGCGUCUGUGGAAGAACCGGACUCGCUGUCCAUGAUCAUGUACCUGAGCCAGUUCCAUCAGCUGCUCAAACACUCACCCCCCCCUGCAGGUUCCUUCGGUCAGAGCGCUGAUCUGAGAGCAGCUUUGGUGGUUCCAGCAUCACUUCUUAGCAGACUGGGAACCCAAACAUCCAGAAAGCGAAACCCGAAGGGGCACAGAGACCAUCAGGACAAAAGGAGGAGGCGGAGUCAGCUGGGCGAGGAGCAGCAACAGCCAGGAGCUCCAAUGAUACCUGAUGGAAAAGCAGAGAUGGAGAACCUCCAGCUCUGCUGCGAUGGAACUGAAGGUUCUAGAGUCCGUCUGAUGGCCAAUCAGCUGCAGGCAAAGCUAGACGAGGGCGUGGCCAUCUGCAGGACCCCUGCUGCUCCAGCGAAGCAGGGGGCGCCUCCGUCCGCUCCAGAGUCUGCAGGCUGUCCCCCUGAUGCAGAACAAAAGUCGUCAUGGAAACCGAGGAAACGAACUCUUCAGCAGGAGCAGAUGAGUUUCCGCUUCAGGGAGAGGAUCAGAGGUCAGAGCGCCUCCAGCAGGAGCCAGCAGGUACAGGUGGGUUUGGACGAAGCAAACUCAUUGGCUGAGCAGAUCCCUGACAGUGAACAGUCAUGCGGCGGCUGCAGCCUCACCUGCUGCUUCUGCCAGCAGAGGCUGUACGUCAUCGAGCGUCUGACGGCGGAGGGGCUGUUCUUCCACCGCAGCUGUUUCACCUGUGACUCCUGUGGCUCCGCCCUCAGACCGCCAUCCUACACCUUCGACCAGCACAGAGGGAAGUUUUUCUGUCUUCAUCAUCCUGACUGUCAGCUGAGCUCGGCAGCAGUGAGGAAGAGGAGACCUUCAUCAGACUCACACAGGACCUCCAUGACGUCUCAGAGUUCUGGUCCACUUCUCUCGGACUCUGUGCUGUCCAGCGGCCGGCGCCGGUCGUCAGCUGCUUCUGUGACAGCAGCAACACCUGAGCGGAUCCAGCUGGACAACCACAGGUGCAGCUCAGGGGCGGAUAUUCAGGAGGAGCCUGAAGAAGUUUCUGAGGAGGUUCUGAAUCACUUCAACCUGGGCCUGGACCUGGACGACGGUGUCCAGUUCAGAGACAGCGGGAUGAUGGAGGGGGGCGGGGACAGAGGACCCACUCCCGAAAAGUUAUGGAGGGAAGAGCCGAUCUGGCCCCACAGUGAGGAGGAGGAAGGUAUCGGGGGGGCAGAGUGGAGUGAAGAGGAGGAACUUUGUCUUCAGGAACCUGUGGACUCUGACUCCGCCCACAACCUACAGAAAUGGUGCACUUCCUCUGGCAUGUUCUGUCAGACUCCACCCACCCUAGACACACCCUCCACAGCCCCUUUUUUCACCUCCCCUGAUUGUGAUGCUGAGCAAGACAUCAUGGGGGUUCAGCUGUCACUCAGUUCUGGGGGCUGGGGUUCCUCUGAUUACAUCGCUGCUACCCCGCCAAACACAGAGUUCAUCUCCCAGCAGACAAGGGAAGUGGGGCCAAAGGAGGCGGAGCCUGAUUCAGACAGGAAGGCGUCCUUUGAUAAAGUCAGACUCAUGGAAGCUUCUAGUCUCCCUCCAAGCCUCUGCCCCCCUCCCCUGCAGAUCAAGGGCAGGAAUCUCUGCAUCAAUAUGCAGGAGGAGAGAGAGGCUCCUCCUCCUGGUCGGGUGGAUGUGGGAGGGCCUAAAGCCCUUUGGAAGAUGGUUUUCUCCGGGAACUGUAAAGACCAACAGAGAAACAGGACAGAAGCAGGAGAACAGUCGUGUCUGGACUCCAUGGUGCUGCUUCAGAGAUGUUCCCUGAAACCCAGAAACAACCUGCAGCUGGACCUGCUGGACCUCAUGAAUGAAAUCCAGAGAGUUUCUGUGGUAGACGAGGAGAACCCAAAGGUCUCUCAGCGGAAUUACGUUCCUCAUGCUCUGGCCUUCAGGAGAUCUUACCUUCUCCAGAAACCACGUGUGGAGGACAGAGUCCGGUACUUUGAUGGACGCUCCUCGUGCUCCACAGAGAUUGUGGGUGUUGUGGUUCCAGCAAAAGAACCAUCUAGUCUGAGUGUGAAGGAGACCCUGUUCCAGAACCAGCACCAAGAAGAGAACCUGGAUGUUAGAACCACACAAAGGGUUCAGAUAACUGCCAGAAGACAGGCCAAGAAGAACCAGCUGAGGAGACUGCACAGAGCACAGAUGAUCCAGCAGCAGCUGCAGCAGGUGGAGGAGAAGCAGCGGCAGCUGGAGGAGAGAGGAGUGCUGGUGGAGAAAAUUCUGCGAGGAGAAUCAGGUUUUCAUCAGCUGGAAGAGACGGUUCUGAUGCAGCAGUGGUUCCAGCUGGUCCGACAGAAGAACUCUCUGAGUCGAUACGAAUCUGAACUCUUGAUAUUCGCUCGUGAGCUGGCACUGGAGGACCGGCAGAGCUGGCUGCAGCAGGAGCUCAGGGAGAGCAUGGCUGUGGACGACCGCCUGAAGGGGGAGGAGCAGCUGGCUGUGGAGCGUCGGCUCCUGGAGGAGAUGUUGGAGCUGGUGGAGGAACGGGAUGCUCUGGUGUCUCUGCUGGAGGAGCAGCGGCUGCAGGAGCAUCAGAAAGAUCUGGACCUGGAGCAGCUGAUGAUGACUGGAGGGCUCGGACCUCACUGGACCUAGAACCCAUCAGCAGAACCCAACCCAAAGAUAGAUUCAGGACCCACUGCAGAAGCUAACAUGCUGUUGGUUAGUUGGCUUUGUGUUCAAAUGGGCGGAGUCAGGGCCUGUCAUUGGACUGCAGCUCGCUUGCUUCUCAGCUGUGGUUCAAAUGUGACAAAGCAGCGCCAUCUGCUGUUGGACUCUGUCACUGCGGGGCUACAGCCUGAAGAAGAACCUUCCAGCCUCUGCGUGGAGGACAUGUGCAGACACCUGUGCUGCAGCAGCACACGCCCAUAACCUGCUCUAGCCCUUGUGCUAUCCUACGGGGUCCAGAUGACCCCCCCCCUUCCAUUGAGGUGUCCUCCCUACCAUGACAAAGGUGG